UAGAUGCUUUUGCUUCAAUGGCUACGCAGCAACUCUACGCGGAACCUUUAUUUUUGAGGAAACCGUUGUGAGACGGAUCUGUUUGAAGGACGGAACCUAAACAGCCACGUAGUAUAGGCAGGAGCACGUCUAAGGUUCACUAAGGACCGAAGCCUUUGAACCAUCCAGGCCAGCCUGCAGUCUCAACCAAAGUUUACCGAGCAUGAAGUAAAGGUGAUUUGCACUAGUGAGGCCCAGCUCAUUUUCAUGGAUGCUAGAACAGCAUCUGUAUUUCAGAGAUAUGGAAAAUGGAAAUAAUGAAACAGCCUCAAUUGAGGCCAUCCCUCAGCAGCCGAAUGCACAGCAUCUGGACAGCAAUACUGUAGAAUCUCUGAAGUCGGAGAGAUCACUCGUAACAGAGAAAAUCCCUAAUGGUCAUGUCAAAGCAGAGCUGUUGCCAAACGGAGAGGCCGUGGUGGAGGGUCAGGAAUCUCACGGAGGCAGCACCCCACCUCUGGCAACUCCUUCCCCGGGCAGCCUCCUUGCCGACUCCCCCCUGAGCGCAGAGCUGGAUCCAGGUGUGGCCUCUUUCCCUGACAGCCUAGAGAAGUCUGAGGCAGCUCUUGCAGAGGGCACUGUUCACAAGGGUGACGCAUUGCAAUCGCUCAGACUAAGUAUUCCUAUGCAGGAGACUGAAUUGUCUUCAAAAGAGCCAUCAGUGGAGAUGGAAAAUGAAGAAAAAAUUCGGCAGGAAGCUCGCCGGCGUCUAGAGGAACAGCUCAAACAAUACAGAGUACAGCGGCACACGGAGAGAACCAAGCGGUCCACUCCUAAGAGCCGCCCAUUUAGCACUUUGGACCCAGAGCUCAUGCUCCAUCCCGAGGGUCUCCCAAGAGCCAGUACCGUUGCCAUGACUAAGGAAUACUCUUUCCUGCGCACCAGCGUUCCUCGUGGUCCCAAACUGGGAAGCCUGGGAAUCCCUUCCAGCAAGGAGAAGAAAUCCAAAUCAUCUCGCUCCAACAAGAUCCACUCUCUCGCCGACUACAAAACUCCCGAAUCUGAUGUUAAAAGCUCAGAGGCACCUGGUGGGGUAGUUUCUGCAUCUAACGACUCAUCGUUUAGCUCGCUGCAUUCCUCCAUCAGUUCAGUCUCCACCAUUUCACAAAUCAGCAUCAGCUCUGAGACCAACACCCAUUCAGAAUCAUCUCAGCUUAUCAGAGACAACGUCUCUGAGGUGGAUGGCAGCGAAUCAGGUUUCAGAGCUGAUGGCAAUGACAGCGAUAGCUCAUCCUAUAGUAGUGUGUCUACUACAGGGACAUAUAAUAUGUUAGCUGCAAUAGUGAACAGGCCAAAGGCUCCAUAUACUGUUGAAGGGAGAGAGAUUGCUGCAGAAGCCAUGGGCCACUUUCCAUCACUGCAGGAAGUCCUGCAGGCAGCCACUGACGAGAGACACAUGGAAGAACUGGAGCAGGAAGGAGAGGGCAGUGUAGAGCCUCGCAGUCGCAGAGACAGCUUCUCCAGCAGUGUGUCAUAUGGGAGUUCUGUGAUGGGGACUCAUGAUGAGAUGCUGCAAGUGCUGAAAGAGAAAAUGAGGUUAGAAGGACAACUGGAGUCUCUUUCCUCCGAGGCCAAUCAGGCUCUGAAAGAAAAAACAGAGCUCCAGGCACAGCUGGCUACAGUAAGUGCUCAGUUGCAGGUCCAGGUGGAGCAAAGCCAGGCCAGUCAGGAGAGGCAGAGCACCCUCACCUCUGAGGUCACCACGCUACGCUCCAACUGCUCUGCAUUGGAGAAGGCUAUGGUGGAUCUCCAGGCCAAUCUCGAGGGGAAGAACGCCAGCCUGGCCUCGCUAGGCAAUGACCUGCAGCUGGCUGAAGAGCAGUACCAGAGGCUGAUGGUCAAAGUGGAGGAGAUGCAGCAGAGCCUGAAUACCAGGGACAACACAGUCUCUGAGUUGCGGCAGCAGAUGGGAGGCCUGCAGACACAGCUUCAGCGGGUUCAGAGUGAGAGGAACGCUCUGCAGAGCAGACUGAAGACCUCGCAGGCGGAAGUGGACUCCCUGCAGCAGCUCCGCCUCUGGUACCAGCAGCAGCUGGCUCUGGCACAGGAGGCACGUGUGCGACUGCAGGGAGAGAUGGCAAACAUGCAGGCUGGUCAAAUGACUCAGAUUGGUGUGUUGGAAAAUCUGAAGAUGGAGAAUGUUACUCUGUCUCACAAACUCACAGAGACGAAACAUCGCUCUAUAAAAGAGAAGGAACGAAUUGCUGUACAGCUACAGAGUAUAGAGGCGGACAUGUUGACCCAAGAAGCGGCCAUACAUCAAAUCCAGGAGGCAAAGACGAUGGUGGAGGAAGAUCUUCAGCAAAAGCUGGAUGAGUUUGAGGAGGAGCGAGAGCAUCUUCUCAAACUUGCCAAUACAGCCACAACACUGGAGAGAGAGCUAGAGCAGGUCAAACUCAUUCUCUCCCAAAAAGACGCUCAACUGGAGUUGUUACAGCGUGAGCACCUGGAGCUGAUGAAGCAGCUCACCACUACUCAGGAGACCCUCCAAACCAAAGAACAGGCCCUUAAUCAGCUGGAGGCCCGUUACCAGGAGCUCCAGGCCCAGCUGGAGGAGCUACAAACUGACGCCACAACUAAAGAGGAAACCCUGCAGUAUCUCCAAAAUGAGAAAAUAGUCCUGGAAGUGGCUCUGCAGGCAGCACGGGCAGAUAAGAUGGAGCUGGAUGAAGGAGCGGAAAGGCUUGGAGAGGAAGUGCUGGUAGCCUCGGAUACUCUUGACCAGCUUAGACAGGAACUGCAGGUUAAAGCAACCCAGAUUGAAGCUCUACAGCAAGAGAAUGGCACCCUCAAAAAACAAGCACAGAAACUGAAAGAGCAGUUCAUGCAGCAAAAGGUGAUGGUUGAAGCUUACCGGAGAGAUGCCAGCUCCAAAGACCAGUUGAUUUCUGAGUUGAAGGCUUCUAAAAAGCGUCUGGUGACGGAGGUGAAGGACCUGAAGCAGGAGCUGUUAAGAAUGGAGGGAGAAAAGAAGAGUGCAGAGCAGGAACAGGAUCGCCUUCAGAAGGAAGUGGAGAGAGUCCAGAAGCAGAUGAACGGCCUGGAAGCCCAUUUACAAUCCGUACAGACAGAGAGAGACCAACUUGACUCUCAACUGCAGUCCCUUCAGUUUGACCAGAACCAUCUGGCAUCAGUGACCGAAGAGAAUGAAAAUCUGAGGAAGAGGAUUGAACAAAUGCAAAAUGAAGCCAAGUCGGCCAUCUCAGAGCAGAAGGUGAAGAUGAAGCGUUUGGGCACAGAUUUGACCAGCGCACAGAAAGAGAUGAAGGCCAAGCAUAAGGCCUAUGAGAAUGCAGUUGGCAUUCUGAGCCGCAGGCUACAGGAAGCUCUCGCUGCCAAAGAGACCGCUGAGGCUGAACUUGUUAAACUCAGAGCUCAAGUUUCAGAGGGAGGAAAUAGCCAGGAACUUCAGGCUAAGCUGAAAUCCCUGAAGGGAGAGCUGGAGACAGUGAGCCAGAGUAAAGCCAUGCUGGAGAAAGAGCUACAGGAAGUCAUCAACCUCACCAGCACUGAGCUGGAGGAAUAUCAGGAGAAAGUGAUGGAACUAGAAGACGAGCUCCAAGAAUCACGAAAUUUUAAAAAGAGAAUUCGUCGCCUGGAAGAUGCUAAUAAGAAACUCGCACUUGAGCUAGAGCAUGAGAAAGGGAAACUCUCCGGGCUUGGAAAAUCCCACAGUGCAUUGCGGGAACAUGCUAAUAUUCUAGAGGCUGCAUUGGCAAAGAGAGAAGCAGAUCUUGUCCAGCUCAACUUGCAGGUUCAGGCAGUAUUAAAGCGAAAAGAAGAGGAGGACCAGCAGAUGAGACACUUGGUGCAAACGCUGCAGGCUGCUCUGGAGAAGGAGAAAAUAAAAGUCAAGGAUCUGACAGAGCAGGUGGCGGAGGCCAAGCUGGAGGCGGCCCAUAACCGCAGGCACUACAGGGCAGCCAUGCUGGAACUCAGCGAGAUCAAGAAAGAUCUGCAGGCAAAAGAGGAGCUUGUCAAAGCCCUGCAGAAAGAGGCUAAGACACUUGCAGCUCAAGAUGAGAAGCACUCUGAGGAGGUUUCUCAUUUCCAGGAGGAAUUAGCUGAUGCUCACGCUCAACUCCAGAUCCUUCAAAAACAACUUGAUGAUGAGCUCAACAAACAGCCCCUCACUAACCAAGAGGUGGAGGAUCUGAAGUGGGAGGUGGAACAGAGGCAGCGGGAGAUCGAGACACAAAAACAGCAGCUUGAGAUGGUGGAACAGUGUCACCGGAGAGAGAUGGACACCCUGCAGGACAUGCUACAGAGGAUAAAGGUGGAGCUGGAGAUGGUGCAGGAGGAUCUCAACGGUACGCGGAAGGACAAAUUCAUGCUGCAGGCUAAAGUGGGGGAGCUGAGGAGCAGCAUGAAGACUGUUCUUCAGCAGAACAACCAGCUCAAACAGGACCUCAAAAACAGCCGGCUCAGAAAGCGGAUGGAAUUAAAGGGGGAUUCCACCCCAGUGACGCCAGUAAAAAUCCCAGACUGCCCUGUUCCUGCUUCACUUUUGGAUGAACUGUUGAAGCCCUCAGCAUCUGUCAAUAAAGAACCUCUCAAUAACCUCCACAACUGUCUGAGACAGCUAAAGCAGGAGAUGGACAGCCUUCAGAAGCAGAUGGAGGAACACACAGUCACGGUGUCGUCAUUGGCCAGCGCAGAGGAGGAGCUCCAAAAACUAGGGCUUCAUGACGAUAUCAGCAACGAUUCGUCUAAUAAAGAAGAGAAUGAUGAGAUACCAGGGGAGAUGCAGCCCUCAUAAUACACAAAGAAUCCUUUAAGACACUGAGGAGAGUGUUCGGUUUUAACUUCAUGGGCACUUUUAAGUUUCUUUGUUUAUUUCUUAUCAACUGCCAACAUUUGGCUUUAUCCCUACCUAACCAAGAUUGUUCGGGUGAGACAAAGUGUUCCUUUAUACCACAGCUUUAUUUUUGGGGGGUCAUUUUGGUGUUUGUUUGUGUUGUAGUCACUUUUAUCACUAUUUAUUUUCAGUUUAACGAAUAGAGCUGCUCUCUCUCGGUCUGUCUGACCUGUUUAUCUCGCUUGCAAUUUCACAGUAGUCACCCACCUGACGUUCAGCUUUGAUUUAGUUUUCUUUCUCAUCUCAUAAGAGGUGCAGAAAGAGGAUUGUGAGGGCUACUGCUAGGCUGCUUAGUCCUGCAGGAGUGAAAAAAACACACACAAAUGUGAAUCUACAGCAAACAUCCAGGGACUCCAGUGUUAUAGUAACUAGUGGCGUAUUGACCUAAUCGGUCGGGUGUAUAUUCUACAUAUCCAUCUGGUGGUAGUUCUCACUUCCUGCAUGGAUAAUUUAGCAGCUGAACUGUUCUUCCAUUCCUCUGUGCCUGUGAAUGAGCUGACCUCUCAUUCCAUCACUGGACAGAUGCCUGAUCUAGAGCUGUUCCCUGCAAUAUAAUGCAAAUACUAUGGGAAAAAAAAAAAAUACAAGGCCCCAUAUCAAGCAUUUUAAAGCACAGAUCAACCCAGAAUGUUUUGUUUUUCCAAAAAACAGAUUUUAAAUCUGCAUUCUUAGAUUUUCCAGGCCUCAAAUCAAGUCUAGAGCGAUGCCAACUUAAUGUCUACAUGCACUCUGCACUGUGUUCUGCGUUACCCAUUAGUUUAGGUCCUCUGUUUUGUAACAUUGUAAGGGGACCUUGAGGAUGCGCUUACAAUGUUAUACUUCACGUCACAGCCUCUUUCUGAUUCAAACUCAGGACCUGAAGCCCCAGGAAUGUAAGCGUGGGACUGGGAAAAAUGGCCCUUUUUGUACAGGGUAAUAUCUCAUACAUCAGGCCAUCCAAUAUCAGCCAGUAUCUGUUUUUGUCUACGGUUUGCAGAUGUGAGAUCCCAUACAAAAGGUCUUGAUAACGGCUGUCAGAGUUCGACUAGUUCUCUUUAGGGCUGCGCCUUAAAAUUGAUCCAAUAGGAAACCUUUAAAUACUACUAAAAAUGUAUAGCUUGAAUGAACUUAUAAAUAAAUAUUUCUGUUUGAGAAAUCUUGGGAAAUAAUGUAAAGUAGGUUGAAUGUGCUCUUGAAAGCGGUGUUGAGUGCAUUGUUGUAUGUAUAUUUAUAAUAUAUAUGAAAGGUGUUGACUUAUAUUGCACAAUUGAUAAAAGAACGCAAGCUUACUGACUUUCAGGUAUGGACAGAUGUAAAAUAUUACUUUUUGAUGGAGAAAUCUUGCCAUUUUUUGCCCGUGUUUAUAUGUUCACUUAUUUAAAAACAUUUUGCAUCCUAAAAUUCUCAUGGAUAGUUUGUCAUUACAGCCUUAAUUAUUGGAGAUGUAUGCUACUAUAUUUUGAAUAAUGUAUUUUAAUUAGGUGUAAUAUUUUGGUCUUUCCCCUGAUGUGGUCAUUUCCCAAAUUCCAUCAGUUAAUUGUUUAUGUGGAGCUGGACUUAAAAUUAUAAUUGGCUUGAACUGUUUUAAGUGUGAUCUGAGGUAAUGACAUUGAUCUCCUUGUACAGUGAUAACCUUAAUACUGCUUUAAAUGACAUUAUGGGAAAUGAAGCUUUACACGCUAACAUGUACAUUUAUAUUCAAAUGAUUAAUACAUAUUCAGCAAAAGGGAGGAAACGGUUUUUAAUUCACUGAAAACAUACUGUGUGUUAAUUACUGUACUGACUAAAAGCACGAGUUUCUGUUCAAUGUUUACAAAAAAAAAAGUUUGACUUUUAAUUCUUUGCUUGCUAAGCAUUUUUAUGGGAUGUACCAUAAUGAGUGUAAAAUAUAAAUCAUUCUGUAAAAUGA